GCGCUUUAUAACAUAACCUAUAACGUUCUUAGAAGCAUUUGCAAAUACUCAAGCAUGUAGCAUAAGAAUGUAUGUAUAUUCGUUAAUUACAGGAUAUUGUAUUAAAUUGUUAAGUAGUAAUAUCUUAAGUUAUUAAGCAUAAUGGCUCAAACAAGAGUGGAAAAAGUCGGAACUAUUUAUACGAGAAUAUCAUCAUUAAUACGUGGAGGGUCAAUGACUGACUUAGAAAAACCACUGUGGUAUACUAUAUAUGAAAGAUUUCCACCCAAAUAUGAACCAAAAUAUGAUAGAGUUACACCAUAUGUACCAAUAAGACCAAUCUAUUAUAAGGAAGACAUUAUACGCGCACGAUUUCACAAAGAUUACAAAAAUCUAGAUAUAAUGAACUUAAAAAAUACAAAAUAUCUAUCACAAACAAAGAAAUUUCUUGAUACAUAUAAUGAAUUAAAAAUGCUCGAUUUGCCUGAUGAAGCAGCUUAUGAACAAGCUUUAGAAAAAAUUAAAUCAACAAACAUAGAAGAUAAAAAGAAUAAUAUAUGGUAUGAUAUAUAGACAUUUUAUUUUUAAUUAAUAUAUAAUACACUCAUGGUAUUUACUAUUUCAUCAAAGGCAAUAAUUGAUCUUAUUUGUAUAUAAAUAUGUAUAUUAUAAUAAAGUAUAUGAAACACAA